AUGAGUGGUUUCACUGAAAAACAAGAGGCCUUGGUUAAUAGCUCAUGGGAAGCAUUCAAGGGAAACCUUUCUCAGCACAGUGUUACGUUCUUCAACGCGGUACUAGAAAAGGAACCAGAAGCAAAGAACAUGUUCUCGUUUCUAGGUAAUGGAGUAGAUCCCAGUAAUCCUAAGCUCGCCGAACAUGCUGAAAAGCUUUUUGGAUUGGUACGCGACUCAGCUAUCCAACUUAAAACAAAAGGAGAAGUGGUGGCUGAAGCCAAACUUGGAUCUAUCCAUGCUGAAAAAAAAGUGACCGAUGCUCAGUUUGCGGUGGUGAAAGAAGCAGUGCUGAAAACAAUAAAGGAAGCAGUUGGUGACAAAUGGGAUGAAGAAUUGAACAGUGCUUGGGAAAUAGCCUAUGAUGCAAUGGCAGCAGCAAUUAAGAAGGCAAUGGCGUAG